AUGGGAGAGGCUUUGCAGGAGCGCCGAGGGGUCACCAUGCUGCCCAGGAGCUGCUGCCACCCCCGCGGAGUCACCAUCAGCCAUGCCGACCCGGCCAGCUGCAAGAUGACCCUCACCACCACCACACUGGCAGCCAGCAUGGCCCAGGCUUUCUUCUGCCUCCUGCUCUGCAUCCCCCGGGGAAGCUCCUGCCCCCCCAGCUGCCAGUGCACAGAGAGGGCAGGGGCGAAGGCUGUCCUCUGCAGCUCUCAGCACCUGGAGGAGAUCCCUAAGGACAUCCCCAGGGAUGCAGUGUUCCUCAAGCUGGACGCCAACAGCAUCACCAGGAUCCCCAGCAAUGCCUUCAGGCACCUCUCCCACCUGGAGGAACUCGAUCUCUAGGAAAUCGCCGGGGCAGCUUUCAAAGGGGUGGCAGCAGGGCUGCGGACGCUCGACCUGUCCAGCAACCGCAUCCGCAGCAUUCCCAAGGAGGCCUUGCUGGCACUCAACGCCAAGCUCCGGCUGGCCAACAACCCCUGGCACUGCGAGUGUGCCUUGCAGGAGGUGCUGGGGGAGGCACGGCUGGACCCCGACUCCGUCCAGGACAUCACCUGCCACACGGCCCAGCAGGAGGAGUAUGUGGGCAAACCUCUGCUCCAGGUCCUGGAUGCUGGAGUCAACUUCUGCAGUGUGCGCCAGAGGACCACGGACGUGGCCAUGUUCAUCACCAUGUUCGGCUGGUUCACCAUGGUCAUUGUCUACGUGAUCUGCUAUGUCAGGCACAACAGGUACGACACCUGCAAGUACGUGGAUUACCUGAAGUCAAUGCCGAUCACCCAGGGCCACGCAGAGACCACCAGCACGGCCCUGUAG